AUGCGAGCAGCCUGCCUUUGUCGAGCCAGCUGUUCGAAGCUUGGUCGCUCACCUCGAGGACAGCCGAUCGUUCGUCCAACGUUGGAAACGUCGCAACGGCGUCUUUUUACAGCCUAUGCUCCAAGACUAUUAGCGGAUGUGUCGCCAAGCGUCUCUACAAGCCAGACACAUCACAUUUUUCAGGCCGAUGCCGGACUCCAGGCCAAACACACCAGCCUUUUAGAUGAAUCCUCGGAUCUUUCGUCAAACCUCAGCAAACUAGAAUCAAAUCAUUCCACCGUCGAUGAAAGCAAAGGCAAACACAAGUCUCACAAAAGGCCACUGCAAAACGAUUUAAAGAAACCAACAAAUGGUGGCCACGCAUCCCGGUUUCGGAACGCAGGCUCACAAUCAAGAUCGUCCAGUCGACAGAAGCAGAGCCGAUUAAAAUCCCGUAGAGCAAGGGUUGGCAGAACGCAAAGGGACAGCAUUCGACCAGAAACGUAUGUACAAUGGGGCUUUAUCCGACAUCAACACUCGGGCAAUGAACUGCUAGCCGCGCGGAAGGCGUUUCGAUUGUGGAAAGUGAAGGUGAGGCACUUGCUUCAAAAGUCUGAGCCCGACUGGCCUUGGAAGCAGGACGCCCAGUGGCUAGUGGAGUAUAACACUGUUGCAGGCAUGCGCUCGGCCUGGCAGGAACUGGACAUCCAAGCUCGAAAACAGCAGUGGCCGCGAAUCAUGCUCUCGACGAUGCGUCUUUACCCUGCGAAGGCAGGCAUGGUUCUUGAGGCCACACUAGACCCAUGGCCACCCGGGUAUGCGAUUCACGACGUGUUGCUCUUCAUAGUUCAACGUCUUGAUCCGGCCAAAGCGAAGAAUAUUCGCCAGAGAACACUGGAAGCUGAAGAAGCGGCGGAUUUGCUGCACAAAGUGAUGACGGACAGCCCCAAACAGCAUGUACCGCUCAGUCAAAGGCUUUUCGGGUUAUUUGCGAAGAAGUUACCCAGUGAACAGGUAUUCGAGUUGUUUUCCUUGCUUCGGCGGUCAGGGUUCAAGCUUCAUGCAAAUACCUUGAUACACUUUGCCAGCACAUUGGCGAAACACCCAGCCCAUAAGGAACAUGCUUUUGAAAUACUAAAGGCGUUAUCAGAGAGCGGAGCCGAUCUGAACGAAGCCCGGCCAUCGAGUGUUAUCACUUCGUUGCUUCACUGUCAAGUUCCAGAGGGAGCAGAAUCAACCCAAGGCAACAGCUUCUCUCACAAAGAUGCGCUUCAAUAUUUUAUAGAACGAGGCUUUACAUUGAACCUGCUCAGCGCCACAGCGUUUCUUGACACCCUCACCCAGCAAGGGGAAAUCGACGAGGCGAUACGGCUCGCUUUGCUCUUCUCUGAAUCCGGCAUUCGACUGGACAGGAAGGCAUGGGCUACGCUGUUCAGAGGAGCAAAAACCAGUCGCAAGGUUGAGACAGUUGCCAAAGCGCUAGACGUAGCCAAGGUGGCUGAUGUUCCAUUCGUGGAGGUGCUGAACAAUGCUCUACAUAGCGUCUUCCACUUUGCCGAGAUGGAAGGGAGGGAGAGGAGGCGCGAAGUUCCUUCUGGCCCGGCGCUUUUUGCAACUCUUUUGCGCAUCUUUGCCAAAAAGUUCGAUAUGGAACCGCUUCAGUGGUGGUUGCCAGAUUCUCUGCCACUACUUUUGGCGCAAGGUACUGGCAACCAGAGUCUCGUACCUAACGACUCGUCACAGACAAGAUGGCAGUUUGACGUCACCAUUGUUCCUUUUGUUGAUCAGCUGUUUUCUUCCGGCGGCGACACGAAGCUGAAACCAAACUUGACGACAAUUGCAAUCAUGAUGCGAGCCUAUAUCAGAAGCCUAAGAGGGCCAUAUGAUCUGAUGGCAUAUUAUCAGUUCUUCAAAUCCAGAUUAGAAGAGCAGGGCAAGAAUGCGUCUCUUCCGUCAGCAUCCCGACUUAUUCAAAACCAAGGCACUCUCAUUCACGACACCAUCAUCUUCGCCAUGACUGAGCACAAGGAGCUUUCGCGGCCCGCGCUCCAGGUCUUUGGUGACAUGCUUAAGGACCACCAUUACUCGAAUAACGGAGAUGUGGCGAAAGCUCACGUAGGAAAAGAUGGGCUAGUUGCGAGUCGGCCAAUCCACCCAGCACCGACGGUGUUGACAUUUUCAAUCCUGCUGCGGGGUUUGUUGAAGAAUCAUGAUAAAAUGUUAGCACGACAAGUCAUUCAAGUUAUGCGAGAGCACGGCAUCGGACCCAAUCGAGUGACGUGGAACACACUGACAAGUGGCUAUGCCACCAUGCAAGAUGUUCCCAAGACGGUCAGCACGUUGCAGGACAUGGAGGCAGCAGGGUUCAAACCCGAUGUCUAUACAUUCAAAGCGUUUGCGCGGUUGAAAAAUCAAGAGAAGGCGCUCCAGAUGAUGGAGCAGGUGAUUGAUACGAAUAGACAGAAGAUGGUGGAGGAGGAACUCCAUGACUAA